AUGUAUCCCAUUCUCAAGGAUAAAGCUCAGUUCCCGUUUCUCUAUCAAAUCUCUAUGAUGUCUCCAGAUCUGCACUUGGGAAUGAUCCGUCUCAUGAAACAUUUUCACUGGGUCUGGAUCGGCCUCCUUGUCACCAAUGAUAUUAAAGGAGACACGUUCACCAAGACCAUGACAGAGGAAAUGGCUAGGAAAUGGAAUCUCAACUCACUCCUAAAGAAUACUCGAUUCCACACCAAGGCUGGUGACCAGAUCGAUUUGGAUGACUACAGCAGGAUCCCUUGCUCCUUGUGCUGUGAGAGCUGUGGGUCGGGAUUCAGGAAAACAGCUCGGGAAGGAAAAGCUGUCUGCUGCUAUGAUUGUGUCCCCUGUUCCAAAGGAGAGAUCAACAAUCAGACAGAUAUGGAUCAGUGUAUAAUGUGUCCUGAAGAUCAGUAUCCAAAUUAUCGAAGAGAUCAGUGUAACCCGAAAAUAAUGACCUUCCUGUCCUAUGAGGAACCUUUGGGAAUGGCUCUGGUGUUCAUAACUCUUGGUUUAUCACUCCUCACUGCUCUGGUUUUAAGGAUAUUUAUACGCCACCGGGACACGCCCAUAGUGAAAGCUAAUAACUGCCCUCUCAGCUACAUCCUCCUCAAAGCUCUGCUGCUGUGCUUCCUGUCCUCCUUGACCUUCAUUGGCUAUCCUGGCCUGGUGACCUGUGUCUUGCGACAAAUAGUCUUUGGUAUUGUCUUUUCUGUGGCUAUUUCCUCCGUGUUGGCAAAGACCAUCACUGUGGUCUUGACCUUCAGGGCCACCAAGCCAGGAAGCAGAAUGAGGACUUGGUCGGGCACCAGGAUAUCCACUUCCAUCGUCCUCAUCUGCUCCCUCGUUCAAGUGGGCAUCUGCGUGAUCUGGCUGGGAACUUCUCCACCACUCCCCGACGUGGACAUGGCACCAGAGCCUGGUCUCAUCAUUGUCCAGUGCAAUGAGGGCUCCACAAUUGCCUUUUACUGCGUCCUUAGCUACAUGGGGUUCCUGGCACUAGUCAGUUUCACUGUUGCCUUCAUAGACAGGAGGCUACCCGACAGUUUCAACGAGGCCAGGUUCAUCACGUUCAGCAUGCUCGUGUUCUGCAAUGUCUGGGUUUCCUUCCUGCCCACGUACCUGAGCACUAAGGGCAAGGGCAUGGUGAUAGUUGAGAUCUCCUCCAUCCUGGCUUCCAGUGCUGGGCUCCUGGGCUGCAUCUUUGGGCCCAAGGUCUACAUCAUCCUGCUGAGGCCGGACAGAAACAGCAAAGGACAGUUACUGGAGCGACGGUGGAAUACUGAAACAGGACAAUAG